AACCGUCCUCCCGUCCCUGCAAAAAAACGCGAAUCUCUCUCUCUCUCUCUUCUCUCUCUCUCUCCCUCUGCUUCGAAAGCGAAAUCGAACUUCACGAACGAACAAAAAAAAAAAAAAAGUGAGAAAAAAAAAAACUCGUGAAAACGAAUCCCCAACAACACGAAUCUGCAUAACUGAAACCCUAACCCUAGCCGCGACUUUCUAUUCUCUUCCUUUCGUUCAUUCUUCUUGCACGCGAACGCUGAAACGCCACUGGAGAGCUAGAUUAGGGUUAGGGUUAGGUGCACGUUUCGAAAAUUAGGGUUUUUCUCCACCGAGGGAUUUUGAGGCAGAGCUAUACUUAGGGGUAGGGUUUCGGUUAUGGAAUGCGAAGGUGGUGGCGGUGCUUUAAGUGGUGCUGCUGGCUGCUGUCUGAGAUGACCGGUGGCCGAUGCCCCCGGCGGAAGAAGAUGAUGGGUAGGGGUCCUGACGGAGGUUGCGGCACUGGAGAGAGGCCUUGCCGCCUGAUUUCUAGGGUUCCGGCUACCCAACCUGUAAUAUCUCCAACGACAAAAGACAAGCCGACUUCAUUUGACGUUGAUUUUUUCUCUCAGGCUCGUAAAGCUCUAAGCGAGCGCUCCCCAUUCGACGUCCCUGAGGAAGGGUCGGGGUCAACCAUAUCAGUUGGUAGUUCAAGUGUGUGUACUUUGCCUAUUGGAUUGGCCAGUUUGCUGAAGCAGUCAGAUAGUAGGAAGAGGCAUAAGAAGUCGCAUUCCAGUGCAGAAAAGAAGUCCUCGCGGGCAUGUGAGCGGUCCAAAGGAGGGAAUAUUUGGGUUGAAACUGAGGAGUACUUUAGAGACUUGGCACUGCCGGAUAUUGAUGCUUUGUUCGAGAUAUCUUCUUCAAUUAGGUCUUUAGCUGCUAGCAAGUGUUUUUUGAUUCCGAUUAUUGGAAAUGAGAAACAUGAGCCAGGUGUUGACACAGAGAACUGUGAUACGAAUGUGAUUAUGAAUUGUGGGAACGGAAACGCGCAUGCAAAUGAGGUCGUGGAUAACAAUGUCACUGUGAAUUAUGGAAACGGAAAUGCACAUGUAAAUGAGGUGAAGCACGAGGACGAGCAGUUCAUGCAAAAUGACAGUGCGGGAAUUCAAAGUGACAGAGCUGAGUGUUUGUCUCAGGAGGAAGGAAAAGCUUGGUCCAUUUCAGAUAUCUCUGGCGGUUUAGCGUGGCUUUUAGGUUGUAGGAGUAGGAUUAUGUUGACCUCUGAGCGGCCAUCCAAGAAGCGGAAGCUUUUAGGUACGGAUGCAGGGUUGGAAAAGGUUUUGAUUGGUUCUCCUUGUGAAGGGAACUCAUCAUCGUGUGAUUUUUGCUGCAAGGGUAAGGUGGAUAAUAAAUCAAACCGGUUGAUUGUUUGCUCUUCUUGUAAGGUUGCCAUUCAUCUCAACUGUUAUGGCGUACAAGGGGAUGUAGAUGAGUCUUGGCUAUGUUCUUGGUGUAAGCACAAGACUGAUGGUGAGGAUUCAGUGAAGCAGCCUUGUGUGCUUUGCCCAAGGCAGAGUGGUGCUUUGAAACCUGUUGGUGUUGUAAGUAGUGGGUCUGUUGUUGAGUUUGCACAUUUGUUUUGUUCUCUGUGGAUUCCUGAGGUCUAUGUAGAGGACUUAAUGAAGAUGGAACCCGUUAUGAAUGUGCAAGAAAUAAAGGAAACACGGAGGAAACUAGUAUGCAAUGUAUGCAAGGUGAAGUGUGGUGCUUGUGUUCGUUGCAGUCAUGGAACUUGUAGAACUGCAUUUCAUCCUAUAUGUGCAAGGGAGGCGAGACAGAGAAUGGAGGUUUGGGGAAAAUAUGGAUCUGAUAAUGUUGAGUUGCGGGCUUUUUGUUUGAAGCACUCAGAAUUCCUUAAUGGUAGAGGUAACCCUCAAUUAGGAGAUCCUAUCACAAGUAUGAGAAGUGAUUCAUCCACUGCUAAUGUACCAUAUGAACUGUUGACAGAAAAACAAAACAAGUUAAAGAUUGGCCAAAAUGGAGAUAAAGUUGCGGUCCAUGUAGAAGCGUCUGAUUCGAUUUCUGAUAAAUCUGGCGAUAGUGAAUCUCAAGAAAUUGAGUUAUCUGAUUCCAGGUUAAAUGAUGUGCUUAUAUCAGAAUGUGCUGAUGGGGAUCAGAUCUAUAAUGUGGGUGUGUCUGAAAGAAGUGACAAUGAGGAUGUUAACCUUUCGGGUUCACCCAAUCUUGCUCUAAUUUUGAAAAAGUUAAUUGAUCGAGGAAAAGUCAGCACGAAAGAUGUAGCAUUGGAGAUUGGCAUCUCACCGGAUUCCUUACUUUCAACACUUGCUGAAGAUAAUCUGGUGCCUGACUUGCAAUGCAGAAUAGUAAAAUGGCUUAGAAAUCAUGCUCAUAUGGGUACUUUGCAUAAAAAUUUGAAAGUAAAACUGAAAUCUGCAAUAUUAUCAAAGGCUGAGAUAGAAGCAGCUGAUCAUUCUGAUGGUGUAACAGUAUUGGAAUCUGAUAUCACAAAUCCCGUUGCUGUUAAGUCAGUUCCUCCACGGAGAAGAAUGAAAAGCAACAUUAGAAUUUUGAGGGAUAACAAAAUAAUUUGUUCAUCAAAGGAAUUUUCAAGCGACUGUGAUAUGUUGAUUGAUGAGGUUAAAGUAGAUCAACUAGCCAAUGAAGAACCAGAAACUUCAAGCGAAGUAUCUAUUCCUGUUGUGAAGAAAUCAAUCAACCUUGAUGGGUUUCAAGAUUCUGUGGCAGCAGAUUUAUCAAAACCUGUAGGUUGCACUCCUCUUGCAAAGGUUGAACCAGAGCAUGAUGCUAUUCCACAGCAGGGUGAUUCAAGUAAUUCAGAUCAUGCAAAUCCUGUUUAUUCAGAUAUGAGCCCAGUCCUCCCUGAUCCCAUAAAAAUGGAAGAAUCUUCAAAUCCAUAUGUGCACCCGUAUAUCCAUAAGCUGUUGCAGAUGGAGAAUGGGCAGCUUUUAGAAGACAAUGUUCCUGUCUUGGAAGGUUUGAGGGUGGGAGAAACAUCUAGUCUGGAGGCUUCUUCCAAUGCCAGUGUCUGCUGUGACCACCAGAAUACUCAUUCAAUGUGCAAAUCUGUUGAAGUAAAUGAACCGCAGCUGGUUAAGGCUGAGAAACUGGGAGUUUUGGAACUGUCCCCAGCAGAUGAAGUGGAAGGAGAACUUAUUUAUUUUCAGCAUAGGCUACAUUGCAAUGCAGUCGCAAGAAAACACUUUACUGAUAAUUUAAUUUGUAAUGUUGCUAAGAGUUUACCGCUGGAGAUUGACAAAGCCAGGGCCCAAAGAUGGGACGAAGUUCUUGUUAAUAAAUAUCUUAUUGACCUCAGAGAAGCAAAGAAGCAGGGAAGGAAAGAAAGAAAGCAUAAAGAAGCCCAGGCUGUGCUAGCAGCCGCAACUGCGGCUGCUGCAGCCUCUUCCAGGAUUUCAUCAUUUAGGAAAGACGCAUAUGAUGACUCUAAUCAUCAGGAGAAAUUUAAUAUUUCUAAUGGGAGGGCUGGCCUUUCUUCUCAGCUGAUGCCCCGUCCAAAAGAGACUCUUUCAAGAGUGGCUGUUCCUAGGAAUUCAUCAGAGAAGUACUCUGAUUUUGUUCAGUCAAUUCCAGAUUUUUCUAAAGAGCAUCCUAGAUCAUGUGAUAUUUGCAGACGAUCUGAGACAAUUCUGAAUACCAUCUUAGUCUGUUCCAGUUGCAAGGUUGCAGUCCACUUAGAUUGCUAUCGAAGUGUCAAGGAAUCUACAGGUCCAUGGUACUGUGAAUUAUGUGAGGAAUUAUUGUCAUCUAAGUGCUCUGCAGCUGCUUCUCUCAAUUUUUGGGAGAAGCCAUAUUUCGUUGCCGAGUGUGGUUUAUGUGGUGGCACUACCGGUGCGUUUAGGAAAUCUACUGAUGGUCAAUGGGUCCAUGCCUUCUGUGCGGAGUGGGUGUUUGAAUCAACAUUCCGGAGGGGACAAGUGAAUCACAUUGAAGGAAUGGAGACAAUUGCCAAGGGAAUUGAUAUUUGCUGUAUUUGCCGACGCAAACAUGGUGUCUGCAUAAAGUGUAGCUAUGGUCACUGUCAAACCACAUUUCAUCCUUCCUGUGCUAGAAGCACAGGUUUUUAUAUGAAUAUAAAAUCUCUUGGUGGCAAAUUGCAUCACAAGGCAUACUGUGAAAGGCAUGGCUUGGAACAGAGGGCAAAGGCUGAAUCUCAAAAACAUGGAGUCGAGGAGCUUAAGAGCAUGAAACAAAUCAGGGUUGAACUGGAGAGGUUGCGUCUUCUUUGUGAGAGAAUAAUUAAACGUGAAAAAAUAAAGCGGGAUUUGGUUCUUUGCUCACACAGCAUCCUUGCUUGCAAAAGAGACAAUGUUGCUCGUACUGUGCUUGUGCAUAGUCCUUUUUUCCCCCCGGAUGUUAGUUCAGAAUCAGCUACAACAUCCUUGAAAGGUACGGAUGGGUAUAAAUCAUCCAGUGAUGCAAUCCAAAGAUCAGAUGAUGUAACUGUGGACAGUACCAUUUCUCUUAAGCAUCAAAUUAGAGUUUCGAUGGAUGCAGAUCAACGGACAGAUGACAGCUCCACCUCCCAAAACCAUUUUACCCGGAAAUCUAUAGAGAGGAUAUCAUUUGCCGGGAAGCAAAUCCCUUGUAGAGCUUCCCUUGCAUCUCGCAAUCCUUCAGAGGAGGGAGAAUGGAGCUCAAAAUCAAGAAAGCGUUUUGAGACAUUUGAGAAAGAGCUGGUUAUGACGUCAGAUCAAGCAUCUAUGAAGAAUCAGCAACUACCCAAGGGAUAUUUUUAUAUUCCUGUUGAUUGCCUUCCAAAGGAGAAGCAGAUCAACCAGGACGCAUGUUCUGGUGAACAAUUAGAACAGCACAGGUAGGAGGCAAAUACUGGGUUCCUGAGUUAAGCACGGGUAUCGGCAGCCAUUUUCGUGGACAACUGCCUUCUGCCAAGGAGCUAUGCUAUUUAACCGUCGGAUUUAAGGAGGAAGAAUGGCAGAAUGAUGCUGAGAUGGAAUUUUGGAUGGUCUAUCCCCUUGAAUAGAAAUUAACAUUCUGGACAGGGCAGGGAGUUUUUGCAUCAUUGUUGUAUAUUCAUUGUGAGAGUAAUUGUACAGUGGGUGAGGGUUUAUUCCAUUACAUGUAUUGCAAGCGGCGGGAAUUCAAGUGUAUUGGUGCGUCUUCUGUGGUUGGGAAGCUGCGCUCUCUGUGUUUGUUUAUGCUAGAAAUUAACAGGUAUCGCCUACUGUGCUUGCGCUGUAAAGUUGAUGUAAAUAUUUCUACAGUAUCAAUCCCAAUGAAAUUGUGCUCGACUUCAGAUUGA